UGAUCCGUGUCCCUGCGUGUGCAGGGAGCCCUGAUCCGUGUCCCUGUGUGCGCAGGGAACCCGCAGGGCCCUGCUGGGGCCGGGACACUGCCCGGGCUCAGCCCGGUACCAUGACAUUCAUGGCGUUCCAUGACUGGGAGCUGGCACAGAUCCGUCUAUUGCAAAAAGAAGGGCAAGAAAUGAUUGCAGGCAGCCAGGUGACAGAGAAACCACCAGACAUGCUCCUGAUGGAGAUUGACAGAGAUAAUGAUGCCAUUGCAUUUGAAAAUAACAUCCAGCAACUGAGCCCAUCUGAAGAGGGGGAAGGAAAGGAAUUUUUUUCCACAGUUGAGGAAACAGAGAGUCAGAGCUGCAAAGGGGGUGAUGAUUUGUCAGACUUAUUCAAUGAAAGUGAAGAGCAGGAAUAUCCAACUGCAUCAGAAAAUCUCAGGAAUCUAAAAUUUGAGGCUUGUGCUCCACAUCAGGAAAAAGCCAAGUUAUCAAGUCGUAGGUGUCAUUUGAGAUCCCAUUCGGAUGAGAAACGUCACACGUGUCACCUCUGCCCGAAGGCCUUCCAUACAGCAGCUCUGCUGCAUAACCAUGUGAACGCACAUACAGGGAACAAGCCCCAUAAAUGCAGUGAGUGUGACGCAGCCUUUGUGACCCGAGGGGAGCUUUCAAGACACAGGAGGUACAAACACACUUUGGAGAAGCCUUUCAAGUGCACAAUAUGUGAAUACUCUAGUGUAGAAGCCAGCAAGAUGAGGCGCCACGUUCGCUCGCACACGGGAGAGCGGCCCUACCCCUGCCACCUGUGCAGCUAUGCCAGCAAAGAUGCCUACCAACUGAAAAGGCACAUGUUAACUCACACAGGUGAAAAACGCUAUGAAUGUUACAUUUGCCAAGCCAGAUUCACUCAAAGUGGUACCAUGAAAAUCCAUGUGUUACAGAAGCAUGGAGAAAAUGUGCCAAAACACCAAUGUCCACAUUGUAGUACUUUCCUUUCCCGAAAAAGAGAUUUGGGUGUCCACCUGAGGAAUCUGCACUCCUACAUGGAAGAGGCAGUGAAGUGCAGGGACUGUGGGGCAGCUUUCCACGAGUGCUACGCUUUCCUUCAGCACAGGAAGGCUCACAGGAGUGAGGAGACAUUCAGGUGUGCCCAGUGCAGCUGCACGUGUAACCAGAGUAAUACGUGUAAGCGUGCUGAAAAUUGUGGAUUGGUGAGGGAAAAAACUGCUACACCCAGAAAAGGAAGAAAAGGCAAAAAUAAAAUCCCUGAGAACCCGAAGCAUGCUAAGCCAGAAGUUACCCUGAAAUUAUUCCCAGAUGACUCUACUGUGAAAAAUGAACACUGUGCCAGUGAGAUCGUUCCUGUUUUAGAUGGGACAGAAACAGCAACACCGAGAGAACACAGAACAGAAACAACUCAUUAAAUGGAUCCUCAACAUGAUGGACAAAUGAUGCACAAACAGACUGGUCUUCCUUGCCCUCAGUAGCUGUAACUGGGCAGUUCAAAGUGUGGGACUACCUCCAGUUGGAAAGGUUGUAAAGAUGCUGGUUGGAAGCUGUUGGAGCCCUUCUGUGCUCAUGUUUCUUCUUGCUGCAGUUUCUACUGUGUAACUUAAAUACCACUGCAAAGAGGGAAAGUUAGAGGCAAUUUUCACCUGGUUUAUUACAUACAGGUAAUAACAGAGUGGCAAAAAACAGCUAAUUUCAGUUAUUUAUUAAAGAAUGGGUGUGUUGUUUCCCCUUGCAUUUGUUUUUUCCAGCUUUACUCACAGAAUUGUAGACUGAUCUGGGCAAGUUUAUCCCUCAGUAUCACUGAGAGCUGCCUGAAUUUCAGUGUUUAUAAUUUGCUGAGGUGAGCAGAUGAAAGGCAAUGAUUUUUUAGUACAAGGUACAUGGACUAAAUCUCCUUUCUGCAAACACUUUAGUUUCUAAUCAAAUUAAUGAUGCAACAGAAUGCAUGACGCAAUUUGGUGGAAAAGCACAAAUUUUUAUGCCUCAUACUGCUGGUAAUUAGAAACUGAUCUUUUGUCUGAGUUUUUCUCAGCUCAGUUAGCUGGGCAGACAGAACUGCAUGGCAAGAAUGAAGCAGGAACAGGGUGGCACAGAAGUGUGAAGGACCCACAUACUGACAAUGCAAAACCUUCUGUGACCUUAAGCUGAUUCUUUUUUGAAUGCAGGUGGGAUCUGUUUUCUUUAACCAGCUUUGCAGGAGUUCCCAUGGAAGUUUGUGAUCCUCCAUGUAGCACCAGAUCCAAUCCACACCCACGACUUUGAUUUUAAUUAGAUCUUCAAUAAAGCACAACUGUGUUACUUAGGAAAGUUCAUAUUUGUAGAGUACUUAAAAAUCAGAAAAAAAUUAACUGUCAAAUACAUUUCUCUUAACUUUCCUUAGGUUAUUAGAACUAUUUGGUUUAACUCUUAAUAAUUACUAGAGUCAUUACAGUAAGUACUAUUAAUUUUUAUGAUUCAUUACAAUGAUCACAGUUGCCAUUUAUGCACUGUUCACACUUUUUUUUGUCAUUUAUAAUUAAUACUUGGAAGCCUCAUAAAAACUUAAAUACUUUUAAAAUAUUUAUCUUUAAUGCAGCUAUUCUUUUGUUACAUUUCAUUAUGAAUAAGUACCAGCUUAAAUAACAAAUAUUAAUAAUAUUAGGCCAUGUAACAACUGAAUUUAAUUGAAAUGCCAAACCCUCAUCCCAGUUUCAAGAUUAACAUCUGUGUUUAACUUCAUUAUGGUGUGGAGUUUGACCAGUAUUUAAUGGUUUGGGUUUGCAGGUUGGGCAGGCUGCAGUUGCAGGUUCUGCUGAUGUGGUCAGGGACAGAGAAUUCCUGUGCUGUGCAUCCCAGGUGAGCUGCAGGCUCACAGCAACUGCUAACUUUUUUUACUUUGAAAAAUGAAAAAAAAAAAGAAACUUUAAGUUUUUGCCAGUUAGUUUAUUAACACAGCAUCUUUAUCCUAUACUUGGUAACAUGUCUGCAUGCCUGUUCUAGGGUAACUUGUUUAAUUCAGCAGCUGUUCUGUGACCAGAGCAGUGCCAGGAGCUUUGUGCCACGCAGUGUCCCCAGUAUCUCCCUGCUCACCGUGAGCAGAUAAGGGAGGAUUAGCAGGAGAUAAUUGCAGUCCUACAGUAAAUAAUCCCAUUUAUAGAGACCACACCAAAUCUCAGUCAAACACAUGAACAGGAAUUACCACUUUGGUAACAGAAACCUGCUUCAGUUUUGUAGCAAACCCUGAGAAGUCAGAGGGCUUGAAUUAAUUUAGAUUCCUUACUGAUUUUGUCCCUCCAUUACCGAUCUGUUAUUUCAGUGUUUAUAAAGUUUCAUAUCGAUUGCUCUGUGUCUGUUUACAUGCUGGUAAAAUUUUAGGAAGUUCAUUUGUUCUUACAAGUGACAGGAUUUAAGAAUACUUUUGUUCAUUAUAAUUGCUUAAAUGAUAUUGUUAACUUUGUUCUUGUUGAGCUGUUUCCCUUUGUGUUAUAAAUUCUAAGCAGCAGAUUGCUUGGUUAAAAUUAAUUUUAGAAGUUGUUUACAUUCCUUGAUCAAUUUGCUGAAUAUAUAUUGUGCAUUUGAAUUGUUAAUAACAAAGCUGACUCAUUCUGUGCUGACAUCUAAAAAUCAGACUACAUAGAGUGGAAUGUGAAUAUAGUAAUAAAAUAUAUUUUUAUCUCUGAA